UCCCCCUCCCCCAGCCCCUGCCACCCACCAUCUACUUUCUGUCUCUGGAUUUGACUCCCCUAGGGACCUCACAUAGACGGGAUCAUACAUUAUUGGUCAUUUUGUGACUGGCUUAUUUCAUUUAACAUACGUCCUCAAGGUUUAUCCAUGUUGCAAUGUGAUUUAUUUUUUACCAGACCCCACUGGCUGCCUUGAGGAGAACGGGGGCAGUGGGGAAGGGCAGAGCAGGGAAGAUGAGGGCAGAGACGCCUGCGCUGGUCCAGGCCAGCAGAGAUGGGAGCAGGACCUGGGACAUGCCAACAGACAUGGAGAGAAGUGACCAGACUGAGAACCUAAUUUGAAGUUGACCUGAUGGCUCCUGAGGAAGGAUCAGAUGUGGUGACACCAGAAAGAGAGGAUCGAAGGAGUUGAAGAUUUGGGCCAGGGAAUUUGAGUGGAUGGUGGUGGUGAAUUGGGGGGUAGAAGGUCUGGGAGAAGAUAAUCCCGAGUCCAGCUUUGGCCGAGCUAGGCGAGAGACCCGAGAUCCCAGGAUGACAGACUGAGGAGGCAGGAGGCUCUUCGGGUGGAUCUGAAAUCAGGGAAGGCUCGGGGAUGGGGACAGAGGGAGCCAUCAGCAUAAGCAAGUGGAUGGAGUUAUCUGUGGAUAAGAUCCUGCGUGGUGAGUGUAGACAGAGGGGAGAGGCAGGGCUGCCCCUGAGCCAAGGUACACUCUGGACGUGGUCGGGGGCAGAGGCCGGCAAAGGAGGAGUGUUGGGGGCCACUGGCAGAGGAUCAAGCAGGUCAGUGAGAGGCCAGGGCCCCUCCGCUCGCCCAGCCAAGGUGACAUGUGACACCAGGGCAGCCACUGGGCCCCCUGGGGCAGGGACCCCCUCAGCUGAGGCAGCUGCUGCUGCUGGUGACAUUUCACUCCAUGAGUGUCCUGGCUUCAAAGUCUCUGCAGGGGUGGGGGAGGGAACAGAGCGGGGCUGGAGAGGCCAGGCUGGCAGGGGAGGGAGCCAGGGCCAGGCUGCUGGAGGACUGAGCAGUCGGGCAUCAGCCGGAGGCCUCAGCUGAAGUAUGUGAUCCUGACGGGUCGGGGUCCCGCCACCCCCGUCCCACAGUCCCCAGGGGGGGACACAGGAGGCGGUUAGGGGACUCUCGGGUAGCCGUACGGCUAGGGGUCGGGAAUGGAGCCCACUGCCUGUGACCCUGCUCACUUCCCUGCAGAUGUCCAGCAAGGGGGCCACCGGCAGCGACAUCGGACAGGCCCGCCGGGCCGUGGAGCAACUGCGGAUGGAGGCGGGCAUCGAGCGCGUGAAGGUGUCCAAGGCGGCUGCCGACCUGCUGCAGUUCUGCACGGAGCAGGCCAAGAGCGACCCCUUCCUUGUGGGCAUCCCAGCGGCUGCCAACCCCUUCAAGGAGAAGAAGCCCUGCGCCAUCCUGUGACCUCCACGGCCCCAACCGCCCAGGAGGCCUCAAUAAAAAUGAAGUGAAGGAUCCUCAG